GCCCGCGCCCUCGGGAGCCCUCGGGAAGCCUCGGAGCGACCCCGGGGCGGGUCGGGGGCGUCAUGGCGGCCGCCGGGCGCGCGCUGCUGCUGCUGCUGCUGGCGGGGACCGCGGCGCUGCCGUUCCCGGGCGAGGUGUGCCCGGGCCUGGACCUCCGCAACGACGUGCGGCGCCUGUCGGCGCUCCGGAACUGCUCGGUGGUGGAGGGGGCCCUGCGCAUCCUGCUGAUGCCGCCGGCGCGGCCCGAGGACUUCCGGGGCCUGAGCUUCCCGCGCCUGGUGCUCGUCACCGACUACGUCCUGCUCUUCCGGGUGUCGGGGCUGCGCAGCCUCCGCGAGCUCUUCCCGGGCCUCGCGGUCAUCCGGGGCUCGAGGCUCUUCUUCCACUACGCCCUCGUGGUCUUCGAGAUGGCGGAGCUGCGCGAGCUGGGCCUGCGCGGCCUCCGGAGCGUCGCCCGCGGCUCCGUCCGCCUCGAGCGCAACCGCGCGCUCUGCUACGUGGCCAGCGUGGACUGGGCGCGGCUCGUGGACGACGUCGCCGGCAACUACGUGGCCGGGAACCGCGCCGACGGCGAGGGCUGCGCCGACGUCUGCCCCGGGGCCGCCGGGGGCACCCCCUGCCCCGCCACCGUCAUCAACGGGCAGUUCGUGGAGCGGUGCUGGACCCACGCGCACUGCCAGAAGGUGUGCCCCACCGCCUGCCGCCCGCAGGGCUGCACCGACGACGGCCGCUGCUGCCACGAGCAGUGCCUGGGCGACUGCGCGGCGCCGGGCGACCCCGCGGCCUGCGUCACGUGCCGCCACUACUACCUGGACGGGCUGUGCGUGGGCGCGUGUCCCGCCCCCUGGCUGCGCUUCCGGGGGUGGCGCUGCGUGAGCCCCGCCUUCUGCCGCCGCCUGCACACGCGCUGCCCCGAGCCCCGCGGCCCCGCCUGCCGCCCGCACGUGCUGCACGACGGCGAGUGCGCGCCCGAGUGCCCCGCGGGCUUCGUGGCCAACCUCACCAGCCAGGAGUGCUCCCCGUGCCUCGGGCCCUGCCCCAAGGUGUGCUCCCUCCCCGGCGGCGUCAAGACCAUCGACUCCAUCACGGCGGCGCAGGAGCUGCGCGGCUGCACCGUCAUCAACGGGAGCCUCGUGCUCAACGUCCGCGGCGGCCACAACCUGGCGGCGGAGCUGGAGGCGAACCUGGGGCUGGUGGAGGAGAUCACGGGUUUCCUCAAGAUCCGUCGCUCCUAUGCGCUUGUGUCGCUCUCGUUCUUCCGCAAGCUGCGCCUCGUCCGCGGGGACGCGCUGGAGAUGGGGAACUACUCGUUCUACGCGCUGGACAACGCGAACCUGCGGCAGCUGUGGGACUGGUCGUCGCACGCGCUCACGGUCGCGCGCGGGAAACUCUUCUUCCACUACAACCCGAAGCUCUGCCUCGCGCACAUCCACGCCAUGGAGGAGGCCACGGGCGCGCGGGGGCGCCAGGGCCGCGGCGACGUGGCCCUCAAGACCAACGGCGACCAGGCCUCCUGCGAGACGGAGCUGCUGCGCUUCUCGUCGGUGCGCACGGCCUUCGACAAGAUCCUGCUGCGCUGGGAGCCAUAUUGGCCGCCCGACUUCCGGGACCUGCUGGGCUUCAUGCUCUUCUACAAGGAGGCGCCGCACCGCAACGUGACGGAGCUGGACGGGCAGGACGCGUGCGGCGGCAGCAGCUGGACCGUGGUGGACGUGGACCCCCCGCAGCGCGCGGCCGAGGCCCCCGGCGCGCCCCUCCCCCACCCGGGCUGGCUGCUGCGCGGCCUCAAGCCCUGGACCCAGUACGCGGUGUUUGUGCGCACGCUCGUGAGCCUGAGCGACGAGCGCCGCAGCUACGGCGCCAAGAGCCGCAUCAUCUACGUGCGCACCAACGCCACCAACCCGUCGGUGCCGCGGGACCCGCUGUCGGUCUCGAACUCGUCCUCGCAGAUCCUGCUGCGCUGGCGGCCGCCGGCCGAGCCCAACGGCAACGUCACGCACUACCGCGUGCGCUGGGAGCGCCAGGACGAGGACGCGGAGCUCUUCGAGCUCGACUACUGCCGCAAGGGCCUGAAGCUGCCGUCGCGGACCUGGUCGCCGCCCGCCGAGCCCGGGGCCGAGGCCGAGGCCGCGCGCGGCCGCAACCAGAGCGAGCGCGAGCCCGCCGCCGGCGGCUGCUGCGCGUGUCCCAAGACGGACGCGCAGGUGCUGCGCGAGCGCCAGGAGGCCGACUUCCGGAAGAGCUUCGAGGACUUCCUGCACGACGCCGUCUUCGUGCCCAGGUCCGCUUCCGGCCGGCGCGGGGCGUCGCCGCCGUCGUCCGCGCGCAGGCGCCGCGGGGCGGGGGCGGGGCCGUGGGGGAACGCGACCACGCCCCGCCCGGGGUGGGGCCCCGCCCCCUCGCCCUCCUCCCCCGCGGGCCCCGCCCCUCCCCGCCCCGGGCCCCGCCCCGACGCCGUGGUGUGGGGCGCGGAGUCGCUGGUGAUCUCGGGGCUGCGGCACUUCACGGGCUACAGGAUCGAGCUCCAGGCCUGCAACCGGGCGGCGCCGGCGCGCUGCAGCGUGGCCGCCUACGUCAGCGCGCGCACCAUGCCCGGAGCAAAGGCCGACGACAUCGCGGGCCCCGUGACGCACGAGGUCGCGGACAACCGCGUCGUCCACGUGACCUGGCGGGAGCCGCCCGAGCCCAACGGGCUGAUCGUGCUCUACGAGGUCAGCUACCGGCGGCUGGGCGACGAGGAGCUGCACCUGUGCGUGUCCCGGAAGCACUACGCGCUGGAGCGCGGCUGCCGGCUGCGCGGCCUGGCGCCCGGGAACUACAGUCUGCGCGUGCGCGCCACCUCGCUGGCGGGCAACGGCUCGUGGACGGAGCCCACGUACUUCUACGUGGCCGACUACCCCGACGUCUCCUCCGACCUGGCCAGGCUGGUGCUGGCGCCGCUGCUCGUCCUCCUGCUGCUCGGCGCGGCCGGCGCGGGCGCCUACGUGUUCGUGAGGAAGAGGCAGCCGGACGGGCCCAUGGGACCCCUGUACGCGUCCUCCAACCCCGAGUACCUGAGCGCCAGUGACGUGUUCCCGCCGUCCGUGUACGUGCCCGACGAGUGGGAGCUGCCGCGCGAGAGCGUGACGCUGGGCCGCGAGCUGGGCCAGGGCUCGUUCGGGAUGGUGUACGAGGGCCGCGCGCGCGGCGUGGUGGCGGGGGAGGCGGACACGCGCGUGGCCGUGAAGACGGUGACGGAGGGCGCGAGCCUGCGCCAGCGCAUCGACUUCCUCAACGAGGCCGCCGUCAUGAAGGGCUUCGCCUGCCACCACGUGGUCCGCCUCCUGGGCGUGGUCUCGCAGGGGCAGCCCACGCUCGUCGUCAUGGAGCUGAUGGCGCACGGGGACCUCAAGAGCCACCUGCGCUCGCUGCGCCCCGACGCCGAGAACAACCCCGGGCGGCCCCCGCCGAGCGUGGCGGAGAUGACCCGGAUGACGGCGGAGAUCGCGGACGGGAUGGCGUAUCUGCACGCGCGCAAGUUCGUGCACCGCGACCUGGCGGCCCGGAACUGCAUGGUGGCGCAGGACUACACGGUCAAGAUCGGAGACUUUGGCAUGACGCGUGACGUGUACGAGACCGACUACUACCGGAAGGGCGGGAAGGGGCUGCUGCCCGUGCGCUGGAUGGCGCCGGAGUCGCUCAAGGACGGCGUCUUCACGGCCGCCUCGGACGUGUGGUCGUUCGGCGUGGUGCUCUGGGAGAUCGCGUCGCUGGCCGAGCAGCCGUACCAGGGUUUGUCCAACGAGCAGGUGCUCAAGUUCGUCAUGGACGGGGGCUGCCUGGAGCCGCCGCCCGGGUGCCCCGCGCGCCUCACGGAGCUGAUGCGCGCCUGCUGGCAGUUCAACCCCAAGCUGCGCCCGGGCUUCCUGGAGGUGGUGUCGGCGCUGGGCGAGACGCUGCCCCCGGCCUUCGCCGCCGUCUCCUUCUUCCACUCGGCCGCGGCCGCCGCCGCCCCGGACCCGGACCCGGACCCGAACCCGGACCCGGACGCGGGGGAGCGCGGCGCCGGGGAGGAGCCCGACGGGGAGCACGACGGGGAGGACGACGAGGACGAGCGCGCGGGCGCCGCCCGGGGCCUCCUGCGCCGCGGACCCCACGCCCACGCCGGAGGCGGCGGCAAACGCAACGGCCGGGCCCUGGCCCUGCCCCGCGCGAGCCCGUCCUAGGGGCGG